UAUGUAUGUGUGUGAGGGAGAGAGAGAGAGAGAGAGAGAGAGAGAUAAAUAGGGAUGAAAUAUUCUCUUUAGCUUUCAUGGGUUUUUGGUUUUUUCUUGCAUUCAAACAAGGUUAAGGAGCAUCUUCUGUAAGAACUAAGAAGAGAGAGUGUCUGAUACUGUUGAGUGCCUUUGCUGGAGUAUUGGGUUUACUUUGUUGGAUUAGAGUGAGUUUGGGUUCUGAGUUGUUUUUGUUUUUUUGGUAGAAUUUGAGAAAUCAGGACUUGAAUAUACUCAUGGUUUAGCAUUUUCUGUGUGUUUUUGUGUUCUUCUUCGUCUCCUUCGAGUGCAACUAAAGACACAUCAGUUAGUUUUUAGUUUAGUUUAGUUGUCGGAUUUCUCAUAAUCAGAUGCAGAUGAUGUCUGGAGAUGGACUUUCAAUUCCCACUUCUAUCAGAGGUUUUGCUCAUCAAGAAACCAAUAUUAAUCCAAACCCUAAUCUUCUCCCUAAUCCCACUCCAGUACUGAAGAAGAAGAGGAAUCUCCCAGGAACACCAGAUCCAGAUGCCGAGGUGAUAGCUUUAUCUCCUAAGACUCUCAUGGCCACAAACCGAUUUGUAUGUGAAAUCUGCAACAAAGGAUUCCAAAGGGACCAGAACUUACAGCUUCACCGACGAGGUCAUAAUCUGCCAUGGAAGCUCAGGCAAAGGACAAGUAAGGAGGUGAGGAAGAGGGUAUAUAUAUGCCCUGAGAAGAGCUGUGUCCACCAUGAUCCAUCUAGGGCACUUGGAGAUCUCACUGGGAUCAAGAAGCAUUUCAGCAGAAAACAUGGUGAGAAGAAAUGGAAGUGUGAGAAAUGUUCUAAGAAAUACGCCGUCCAAUCCGACUGGAAAGCUCACACUAAGACUUGUGGAACUCGAGAGUAUAAAUGCGACUGCGGAACACUCUUCUCUAGGAAGGAUAGUUUCAUAACCCACAGAGCCUUCUGUGAUGCUCUAGCAGAAGAGAGUGCCAGGUUCACUUCAGUUGCAGAACCACCCACCAACCUAAACUUCAGGCCUGAUUCCAUUAGUGACACUACACAAAGCCUGAAUCUACCCCAUGGGUUCGGCAACAGAGGAGGAGAAGGAGAUGGCACAGGAAUCCCUCAAUUGAACCAAGCUUUAUUCAACAAUAAUGGUCAACAGAAGCCCAGGUUGUCACUUUGGCAGAAUCAUCAUCAUCAGGCUAGUCCUCAUCAUAUGAACAUGAACCCUAGCUUGCCUGAAUUAGUGCAAAUGGCAUCGGCUAACCUCUUCAGCCCAUCAUCUUCCAUGGUGGAUUACAGUGGAUGCAUGCAGCCUCAGCCUCAGCUACAGUGGCUUGGGGGGUCUUCUACAGGUGCAGCCGGUCUCUCUUUAUCCACAUCUCCAAUGGGAUUAAAGGAAGAAGGCCAAGGAGUUCACAACAACAACAACAACAACACCAACCAGAAAGGACCUUUAGUUGAAAGCUUAGCUUCAUUGUAUUCAUCUACCACUUCUACCAGUCAAGUCAGUUCAGCUCCAAUGUCAGCCACCGCCCUUUUACAGAAAGCAGCCCAAAUGGGUUCCACAAGAAGCAACAACCCCAAUAGUAAUGGCGACGGCAGUAACCCUAACCCUUCUUUCCUUUGUGGGUUCGGAGUGCUUAACUCUUCUUCCACAGCUCGUGGAAAUGAUAAUAAUCAUAUGAGUAAUCUGAUGCAUUCUCAUUCGAUAUCAAACACGGCCGCCGCCGGUCAUGGUGGCGGAGUGGGCGGAGUGAUGGGUAAUCAAAUGGAUCAUUUGAUGAUGGCACAACAAGGUCAAUCAGUAGCCUUGAAGCUCCAUGGGGUUGGAGGUGGAAACACAAACCAAGUGGAGCACAGUCUGACUAGAGAUUUCCUCGGAGUAGGAGGAGAUGUUGGAAGACCAUUUCUACAACAGGAAUUGGUGAGGUUUGCUUCAUCCAUGGGGGAUAUUAGCCACCAUUACAACAAUGGCAAUCACUGAUUACUGAAACCCAUGUUCAUCAUAUCAAUAGUGUGUAGCUCACAUCUGUCGAUGAAGGAGGGGAGCAGCCAAGGAUUGGACUCAGCGAGGGCUCUGUCACUGAAAAGGGAAUAACAAAAUGGGGAAGAGAGGGAAGAACAGUUGCCACUUAACAGAGAGAAAGAGCGACAGGAGAGAGGAGAGAGGAGAGAGGAGAGAGAAGAGACAGAAACAGAAGACAGUGCAUGUGAUGAUGUGUGAGAAGCAAUCAGAAAAAGGAAGAGAGAGAGAGAGAGAGAGAGAGAGAGAGAGAGAGAGAGAGAGAGAGAGAGAUGUGCAUGUUAACUGUUAUUUUCUCGCAUUCCAAUCAUUUUUACCUUGAAACUGAAACAGCGUAGAAAAUCAGAAAAGAAAUUUGUUGACUAUCGGUCAAAGUUAGCCGGCGAUAACGUCAACGUAGUUGUAGUUGUAGUUGUAGUUGUAGUUGUAGUUUGGAAGGCAUUAGGGGUUUCUUCCGAGCUCUUCUCUCCCUAACAAUAAAAUAUUUCUCACUUUCUCCUUUUGAUUUA